AUGGCGGGUGCAGCGAACGCCCGGAAUGUGUGUGGAGCGUGUGCAUACCGGUCGUUCGCGCAAGUUUUCAUGUUGGGUAGGGCCUUGUUGUUCGGCUCCUUGUGCCUGGGAGGUCCGUCGGGUGGGCACAGCGUGACGUUUCAUUCAGUGGCUGCGAGUGGUGGUCCAAUUUCGAAGAGUUUUGGACAGGGGCAAACGAACGACCCAUUAAAGCUGGUACCGCACUUCAAUUGGGGUGCUCAGAUUCUAAGCGAGUGCGAGAAGCAUGGCUACUCAGCCGACUUGGAUAAUUUCCCCUUUGAUGAAGACCGUCGGUGCAUUGAUGACCCUUGGAUUGCCAAAUGUUAUCUGGCUCGACAACUUAGCCAGACCGUACAAACUUGUACAGAUCUAUUCAGCCAACAUGGCAACCUCUGCCAAGUCUGGCCGGAUGCUCUUGCUAAUUACUGCUGUGCCACUUCACAAACAUACUCACAAAGCUGCAACGCCAAUCAACUUACUGGAGCAGCACAUGUCCCCCCAUACGACAAACAAAUUGUCCAACUGUACCUACCUCGCAGCGUCCCCACUCGCAACCUGCAACAGACUUCGGACAUGACUUCGUACCGGGACCUUAGACAACGGAAACAAUCAACGCGGUCCAAGACAGGCUAUGAAGAAACGCUGAGGGGACCACGCUCCGGUCUGUCCGUGAAGGUCGACUUGGACAUGGGAGCGCGGACGGACAUGGGAGCGCAGACGGACAUGGGAGCGCAGACGGACAUGGAAGCGCGGACGGAGGAAGUGAUUUCGAUACCGAGCGAAGAAAGCCUCUUCGCGUUGGAAGAGCAUUUGCUAGCGAACGACGGGGCACUAGCCUGGCAAGACGGCCGGUCUUGGGCGGACUUACUGCGUCGGCAGGGCCUGGACUCGAACCUCUCCAUGGGAAACCCGUCUGGUUGGGAAUCCCAAUCUGGUUGGGAAUCCCAAUCUGGUUGGGAGUUCCAGUCGUGGGACGACGAGUCGGAGUGGUGGAAUGAGGAGUCGGAGUCGUGGGCCGUGCAGUCUUUGGCCUCCUCGGAGUCGAGGAGCGACUCGGCGGGGGCACUGUCUUCGUCGCAGUCGGACCGCUUAACGACCAACUUGGUGAUUGUGUAUCCGAGUCGGUUGCAGGUGUGUCCCUUAGUGGUAUCGACUUGGAAGUCGAUGCGACUGAUGGCGAGUUUGUACGACCUCGAGAGCAUGCUCCCAAGUCGGCAAUGGCUAGAGCGCGACACAGCGAAACGUUUCAUCGACCAAUUCGGCGCGCAAAUCCCACUGGUUCUCGAUGGUGCGCGCUGGCUCGCUCGGGAACCCCAAACCCGAUCCCAAGACCAAGUCAGAACCGAAGACCAAGUCAGAACCGAAGACCAAGAUCGGGUUCAAGACUCAGCCACAAGUUCAACAUCAGCCACAAGUUCGACGUCGAGUACAGAGUGUGAAGGAGGGUUUGGUCGGUUCAGUCGCGAAGUAUCAGGUUUAGCGAUCCAGUAUGUUUCAGGCGAAUUGACGAUUGAGGAAACCAAGACGCAAUUAGUUCAAGUCCUGGAUCGCAACUUCCGCGUAUUGAAUGGUGACCGAGCGCGAUUAAAUCCUCAGCAGUUACGACAGACAUUACGUUACACUGGUUUCAUAUCGGAUGCAUUCCAAAUCGCACCCGGAUGUUGGCAAAACCACCUACUCGCUACGGCAGCUCGAGACCGCUCGAAUCGUCUAGAAGUGUCGCAAGUUGUACCGCGUAUUGUCGACAUGCUGAACUACCUUGAAGACAAAAUCGCAAACUGCGGAAACUGUCUUGACAAAGUGUGGCAAGAAGUCGAACGAAUCGCGGCCACAAAAUCCUCACCAGGACAGCGACGGGAUGAAGAGCACAAGGCUUCUGAUGCAAGUCAAUCAUCUGAAGGUCAGUGGUCUGACCAGGGUCAGUGGUCUGAGCAGGGUCAGUGGUCUGAGCAGUUUUCUGACCCAUGGUCUGCUGAGCAUUCGUCCGACUCCCCGCCGUCGUCGGUGGUAAGUGAUUGGGUUUUAGAAAACGUGCGAUGGACGCGCGUUCAGCUGGAACAUCUGCAGAUUGACCCGAGUCGGACCUGGGGCGACAUCAUGGUGACACUUGUCAACGGCGCAAUAUUGCCUUUCACAAACCAACGUGAAGGUGAAGAAAAUGUAUACGGAGAUAUGGCGUAUAAGUUCCUUCUAGCACUCACCACAGACGUGUCCGAACCAGUACCCAGACUCGGUCUAGAAGUGCACAAGUUUAUCCGUAACGACCUUGGUUGCACUCGUAAACCCCAUCGCAGAUUGCAAGCAGGCGAGGAGGAGCUGGAGGACGUCAUGGGCGACACAAAAGCGGGGAUGGAAGAGACGGUAGAGGACACCGUCAAUGACUAUCAGCUCUUCGAUGUCGAAAUGCGUAUGGCGGACUCGUCUGCCGUGGAAGGGAAUGUGGUCGGAGACGAAAGGUGGGAGAUGGAGGAACGGGAAGAGAGGUCAUUACAAACCGACGUGCCGCGUAUGUUGCGGCGGAAGGGACCGUUCACGAUUGAGCGUGAGAUUCAAUUGCUGGAAAGCGGCGCAGAGGCGGAGACAAAACCACGAAUGAGAGCCCCUGAGCCGGACGCGGAGGAGGGUGCCGACCUGCGCUUCUUGCCCCGCAAGGCGUUGUUGGGUCGCUUCCAAGACAUGUAUGAUGUCGCACAAAUGCGCGAAGAUCUUCGCAACAAACGCGCCGAGAAAAACAUCGCAACAGAGCAAGCGACCGCACCCGUGACGGGACCUGUGACGGGUCCGGUGACGGGACCGGUGACGGGACCGGUGACGGGACCGGUGACGGGUGGGCGGGCACUAGCGUUGCGGAUGGUGGAAGACACCGACUCCGUCGAUGGUGGUCCCCUUUCCCCUGGUCUUGAGAAGUAUGGGGACAUUGCAUCUGAUAACCACCAAGACCUGGAGUAUGAGCCGUUGGACCUAUCACCUGCGAGCGAAACGGGGGCGACGGCGCGAGAGAUGGCACCAGCUGUUGGGGCACCUGGACCGUUGGGAGCGGUGGGUCGUGUGCCUCCAUCACACAGUGCGCCAGAGCGUGUAUGGCGUGAUGAGGAUCCGAGUGCUGGUGUAUGGCCGGUUGGUUUUCCGAUAGAAGGAAUCAAUUUGGUUCUGCCAGUGGCGGUAGAUAACCUGGGUUUAUCGCCAGGGUUUGUACGAGCGGAGAUGAAUGGUACGAGCGUGUCUGGAUUAUCAGGUAAUAGUUCACCGUAUGCACUUGCGCAGAGUGAACACCCAUUACAGACAAGGACAAGACCUUUGGUACCUGUUACGGGACCGGGUGCCGAAGUUCAGGGUUUUCAAUGUGCUGACCGACUUACGUUUUUCUUCUCCGACUUUGUCGGCCGUUGGCUCGCACGCGCCAAUUGUUACGACCUACUUGCGGCGUUCGGAUGUAAAGGACAACGUGCAGGAGCACUCCUUCCUUUGCCCCUUGCACUGCAUGCAUGUCCACACACGUGGAUACGUGGCUGCAGUACACGAGUCACCUCUGGUGAAAUAUUCCGUCAACUCAAUCAAGCAAGCAACUCUUCAACGGCGGACGGAGAUGACUUGCUUUUCGAAAAACGCGACUUAGCAGAAAUCGUCGGAGCCAGUCCUGAUGGACAUUCCGUGAACACGCAGCUAGACCCGUUGGUAGCACACUCGGCUGCAGCACAGAGCAUUGCACUCCUCGCAAAACGGCUGCCCAAGUCCGCUGCUUAUUCACCCUUACGAGAGUGUUUGCGUUCUGCCACUCGUAGUGCACAAGAACUACCCGAACUGCAAAGCAGCCUCAAGGGUCAAGGUAUGUUGCCCCACGAAGACUGGGAUGACGAUUUCACUGAACCGUUCAACACACUUGGAACGUCGGCGCUCUUCGAAACGGAGCCUGUGCCAGAUUCGGCGGAGCUGGAAGGCCAUGGCCUACCCCAGGAGGUCUUUCCAGAAAAAUUGCCGCCAACUUUGGUUCAAGACCCGCCAGCUCAAGAUCCGUCGUCACUGGUUCAAGACCCGGCGACGCCAGACCAGGUGCAAUAUUCACUGACUCAUGAAGCAUUUAAAAGUCCCUUCGACCUACUCUACCAAGAGCUCCAAACUAUCGCGAGAACGGCAUACCCGGAGCAACUAAGCGCCCAAACCAGUCACGCCCAAUCCGAGAUACCCCUGACAGCUUUCACCUUAGUCAUCCUUUUUUAUUCCGGCCUUCUCGAUGGCACGACACACCAAAGAUAA